AUGGCAUUCAAAGGAACAUGGCAUCGUGGUGAUGGUGGUGGUGGUGGUGGUGGUGGUGCUUCUGGCGAUCGUCGUUAUACAUCAUCAACAGAUUCGUUUUCAUCAUUUGUUAUACCUACACAAGGUGUACCUGGAAAUCAAAUAGGUUUAGCACCCAUGAAUUAUCAAACAAAUCCUAAUGCAAUGUAUUCGGUAAUGAAUGCAGGUUCAUCAAUGAUGCCAUCGACUAAUUAUUCAUCGGCAACAAAAAGUUUACCAUAUACCGGUACUGUAUCAAAUGUGUUUCGAGAUUUUGGUGUUAUUGAUAAUGAAAUUUCAUUCAAACUAACUACGGUAUCUGGUCCAUUACCACGUGUUGGUGAUCGUGUUAUUUGUCAAAUGAAACCAGCUGAAGGUUUUGGUACUCAAACACCUUAUAAAUAUUAUGGAUUCGAUGUUCGAUCGGUUCAAACACCGACUGAUACACGACGACCUUCACGACCAACAGGAGGACCACAACAAAUGUCACGUAAUACUGAUUCAUAUAUAAAUCGUAAUCAAAAUCGAAAUCAAUCAUCAAAUGUCAAACGACCAUUACCAACAAAUAAUAAUAUUGAUCAUCAUCAUCAUCAAUAUAAUAAUAAUCAAAAUCGUGAUCGACAUGGACCAAUUAAUAGUACUUCAAUUAAUGAUCGACGUCGUUCAAGUCCAACAAGACGUAGUCGUUCACGUACAAAUAAAAUGAUGACACCUAAACGUAGUUCUCGUGCACCACCACCAAAAUAUACUUGUACAUUACCAAAAGCAUCACUUGAUUGUUCGGAAUUAAAUGUUACUCAAAUACGUUCACGUUAUACACGUUUACAUAUUCCAUCGGAUUUUUAUCAUACAUCUUAUAUAUGGCAUCAAUCAAUACCACUUGAUCAUCCAUUAAAAUUUAUAACACCAUGUUCAUUUCAUAUAUUUAAUAAAAAUGUUCCGCGUUUAUUUAAUGAUAAUGUAUCAAUUAUUGAUCCACCCGAUGUAGAUUAUACAUGGAAUGUUCGAGUAAUGUUAAUGUCAUCACCAGAUAUACAAACAUUAAUAUCUCGAUCAUGUUUAAUUAAUAAUGAACAUGGAAAAACAUCAGUAAUUAAUCCAGAUGAUUUAGAACAUCCAACAAAAUUAAUUAAAUUUCUUGUUGGUGUUCGUUAUCAAAAUGAAUAUUUUCCAUUAGGUGGUCCAUGGUCUCAAUCACUUGAUGGUUCAAAUCCUGAAAAUGAUCCUCAAGUAUUAAUACGUACAGCUAUUCGUUGUGUUCAAGCACAAACUGGUAUUGAUCUAAGCAAAUGUAUUCAAUGGUGCCGUUACCUGGAGGUUCGCUAUCAUCGUCCGGAAGAAAUACACAAGGGCCGUCUGAUUGAGAGUCGUGUUGAAAAUAUCAUCGUUUUCCUGCCGGAUAUUGCUGCUGCCUGCAUGCCAUCAAGCCUCGAUUGGGAAGAAACAAUAUCAAUGUACAAACAAGCAUGUGAUGAAGAAAUUGCUGAAGAACUCAAUGAAGACAAUAUACCCGAUCAUGAUAUUGAAACACGUAGUGCAGCUCAUCAUUCAUCAAUUGAUAUUGAAAAUCUUCGUGUUAUUGAUCUUAAAGCUGAAUUAAAAGCACGUGGACAACAUGUUACUGGUUUAAAAAGUGACUUAAAAAAACGUUUAGCAAAAAUUAUUCAACAAGAAAAAAUUGAUGAAGAAAAACCAGAAUCAUCUACGAAUAAUAAUGAUGAACAACAACAACAACAACAACAACCUUCAACAACUCCAAAUGAAACUGGAUCAAAUUCAACUAAAAUUGAAACAAAAGAACAUACACAAGUUGAUAUUGAUAAAUUACGUAAAGAAAUUGAAGCUAAAUAUCAACUUCCAUCACAUCGUUCAAUACUUGUUCAUCCAACAAUAGCUAAAGGAGAUAAAUUUGAUUGUCGUAUUGUAUCUCUCCAUUAUUUACUUAAUUAUGCAAAUAAAGAUACGAUCAAAGAAAAAUGCUUUGAAUUGUAUCUUUUCUCUGAAGCUUUUAAUGAAAUGCUUAUGCGUGAUUAUUCUUAUCAUAUUUAUCGAUCAUUAUAUAGUUGUUUAGAAGUAAAAGAUACAAAUAUUGAAACUGAAACAUCAACUAUUGAACAUAAGAAUGAUCAACAAGAACAAAAUGAAUUAAAAAUUGAUAAUAAAGAAGAACAAAUUGAAUCAAUGAUAACAAGUAAUGAUGAUGUUAUUCUUCCUGGUCUUGAUUUAAAUAUAGAAGAAAAUGAAAAAAAACGUAAACGAUCAUUAAGUCAAGAAGAUUCAUCAUCUCAACGAAAAAAAUCAACACAAGAAGAAACAAUUGAAAAAAGUCCAAACGAUGAACAAAAAUCAACAUUAACUAUUGCACAAACUCAUCAACGUACAAUUUAUCCUGAAUUAUUACUUGCAUUCACAUUUUUUGAUCGUAAUCGUUGUGGUUAUUUAACCGAAAAAGAUCUUGAAGAAAUUCUUUUACUAUCAGGCUUAUCAUUAACAAAAAAUGAAGCUAAAAUGUUAGUUAGUCGUAUAGCUCAUAAUGAAAAAGUUCAAUAUCAGCAAUUAACUGAUAAAACUUUACCAAUUGAUGAUCAUAAUACAAAUCAUAUUGAAACAAAUGAAAUCGAUAUUGAUCCACUUGCACCAAAAGGUAAUUUACUUCUUUUACCACAACAGAUGUCUAUAUUUGGUUUACGUUCAUCAAUAACAAAUAAUGGAAAUCAAUUAAUAACUUCCGUUGAUAAUCAACGAGCAAUGAAACAAUUAGAAUUAUCGAAUAAAAUUCAAACAGGACUUGAAUUAAAAAUUGAUACAUUAAAAAAAGAAAUUCAUAAUUUAACUGAUGAAUUACAUACAACACAAAAAAGUAACCGUUCUUAUAGUGAUCAAUUAACUGAUACAAAAAAACGUCUACGAGAUACUCAACAUGAUCUUAAAGAACUUGAAGAUAAAUAUAAACGUUAUUCUGAUGCACUUUAUCGUGUUCGAAGUGAAUCUCGUUCAACAUUUGAUCACUUAACACAUGUACUUGGUAUUAAAGAAAAACAACCAUCACAAGGACG